AUGGCAGCCUCCGUCAGCAGUGCGUGCAAACCCUCUAUGGCACGUAUACCGGUGAAUACUACGAGUUUUCAAAAGAGAACGAAGAACAAGUUGUUAAGUAUACCUGGUACAAGACUCUCGGUGCAAAACGGGCAGCUUCUAGUCUCGACCGGUGUCACGUCGCUCGACUAUCUGCUCGGAGGUGGUCUAGCAGUUGGAACAGUACUUCUUAUAGAAGAGGACCGUUAUGAUAGCUACUCCCGUAUGAUCCUAAAAUACUUCUUGGCAGAAGGAGUGGUAUGUCGACAUGAACUCUUCCUAGCAGCGGUUCAAGAUCAUCCAAAUGACAUCUUCCAGGAACUUCCUGAUCCCAUUUUAGAUGAUGUUGCCAUGCACAAACCAGUAGACCAGCCUAGACUGUCUUGUGAGCCUCAAGAUAGUAUAGAUGCAAUGAAGAUUGCCUGGCGAUAUCAGAAUCUACCAAAAGUGCAGAAUGCUCUUGCAUCCACGUCUCGUUUCGGACACUACUACGAUGUUUCCAAAACGAUGGAGCCAGAAAUCCGCCAGGCAGCUAAGUGCCACCACUUCUACCUUCCAGAACAUCCAAGCCAUUCAUCAGCCACGCACAGUUCUAUGCUUGGAUCCUACUCUGCUUUGCUGAAAUCCAUUGAAGAGGUCAUACGCAGGGACGGUUUCAGUGUGGCCACAACCAUGACGAAGUCACGGAACAUCCUACGUAUCGGGCUUCACUCACUCGGAUCACCACUGUGGGAUGAUGACCUGUGUUGCCAGGACAACCCAAAACACAGCCACGCCCUCACUACCUUUCUCUAUGGGCUCCGGGCUUUGAUGAGGUCAUCACUAUCGGUUGCAGUAGUUACUGUGCCUUCGCAUUUGAUUCAGAGCAAAACUCUAAUGGGCAGCAUAACCAGGCUAUGUGACAAUGCCAUAGCCCUGGAAUCAUUCAAAGGCUCUGAGAGGGAGACCAGCCCACUCUACAAAGAUUACCAUGGCCUGCUACACGUACGCCAGGUGCCUUACCUCAACUGUCUUGCAAGUCAACUGCCUGACCACAAGGACUUGGCCUUUAAACUCAAGAGGAAACAGUUCACCAUUGAGCGACUGCAUUUGCCUCCAGACUUGUCUGAGACAGUGAGUCGUGUGAGCAGGGGGGAACUGGCAGGAGCAGGCGCGAUGGCUUCGGCCUGUGGCUCUGGCAACAAGCACCUGGAUUUCUAG